GAUUCAGCGCGUGGCCGUCAGAAGGCGCUGGCGGGUGGAACUGCCUCCCUCCCUGGGUCUGUCGGUCGGAAACCGAAGGAAGGAGACAGACAGACAGACAGACAGAGAGAGAGAGCAAAGAAAGACGGAAACAGGAAAAACUCGGGUCGGACUAAGUCGGGUUUGUUUGCUGGAGCCGGAAGCGGCGGCGGUGGCGGCGGGGCUGAGCCCAGGAGAGAGGGGGCUCGGGGCGGAUACUCUCCCGGUCCCGCAUGAAGCGGCAGCGGAGCUGAGGCCGGUGCCGGGGCCGGGGCCGCGGCCGCGGUGGCGGAGACAGAGCCAGCGGGUUGUGGGGAAGAUACGGCCUCAAGCCCCGGGGAUAGACACGGAGCCAGGAGCCGACACUGAUUGAUGGAGACGUACCCUGAGCACAAAUUGAGUGCGGAAUGGUGAGUGGGCGACACGAGGCAAUAUGAGUAUUAACGAUGCUGGAGAUGCAGAUAACCGAGAGGGCAAGAUCUAUACCCUUCAGAUUUGCCCAAGCCUCUAUACUGAGAACUCCAUCUGCUGCCAACUACCAGCUACCAAAGAUGUGACAGCUGGGGAAGUGAUCCGAGAGGUGACUGGCAAACUGAACCUAGACACAUCAAAAUGUUACGUAUUGGCAGAGGUGAAGGAGUCUGGAGGAGAGGAGUGGAUCCUCGAUGCCAAUGAUUUACCAGUCCAACGGGUGCUGCUGUGGCCACGGAGGGCACAGGAGAAGCACUCGCAGAGUGAGGGGUAUUACUUCCUCCUGCAGGAGAGGAACACCGAUGGCUCCAUUCGUUACAUCAACCUUCAGCUGGUAGCGAAGGAGAGGGAGAGAAGGAGACUGUUGGAGCGUGGGUUCCUGCCUCCUCAGUCACACCUGUAUGAUGACCUGUGCAAACUGCCCCAUCUGACUGAAGAGACUAUCUUACAGACCUUCAAAACCAGGUUCCAGAAACACAAGAUCUACACUUAUGCUGGCAGCAUCCUGAUUGCCAUCAACCCCUUUAGGUUCCUGCCCAUUUACAAUCCCAAAUACAUGAAGAUGUAUGAAAACCACCAGCUGGGGAAGCUGGAGCCUCACAUCUUUGCGAUUGCGGAUGUGGCCUAUAACACCAUGCGGAGGAAGCAGGUGAAUCAGUGCAUUGUGAUCUCAGGCGAGAGUGGUUCUGGGAAAACCCAAAGCACCAAUUUCCUCAUCCAUUGCCUGACUGCUCUCAGCCAGAAGGGCUACGCCAGUGGGGUCGAGAGAACCAUCCUAGGGGCGGGGCCAGUUCUAGAGGCCUUUGGAAAUGCAAAAACUGCCCACAACAACAACUCGAGUCGAUUUGGCAAAUUUAUUCAGGUCAAUUAUUUAGAAAACGGACUUGUUAGAGGGGCUAUUGUAGAGAAAUAUCUCCUGGAGAAAUCACGCCUGGUGUCCCAGGAGGCUGAUGAGAGGAACUACCAUGUAUUUUAUUAUUUGUUGUUGGGGGCGACUGAGUCGGAGCGAUGGGAUUUCCAGUUGAAGCAGCCAGCUGAUUAUUACUACCUCAAUCAGAAGCAGAAUUUUUGUGUGGAUGAUGGCGAGGAUCUGAAACACGAGUUUGAACGCCUGAAACAGGCCAUGGAGAUGGUCGGCUUCCUGCAUGCAACCAAGAAUCAGAUAUUUUUUGUGCUUUCUGCCAUCCUCUAUCUUGGGAAUGUUGUCUAUAAGAAGAAGUUUACUGGCAGAGAGGAGAGCUUGGAGGUUGAACCCCCUGAAGUCCUGGACACCCUGUCAGAGCUGCUGAAGGUAAAGCGGGACUUGUUAAUCGAGGCCUUAACAAAGAGGAAGACCGUGACUGUUGGAGAGAAGUUGAUUUUGCCUUACAGCCUCAAUGAGGCUGUAACGACUCGGGACUCGAUGGCCAAGUCCCUGUAUGCAGCACUUUUUGAUUGGAUUGUUCUUCGGAUUAAUCAUGCUCUCCUGAACAAGAAGGACAUGGAGGAGUCAGUGAUGUGCUUGUCAAUCGGAGUUCUGGAUAUUUUUGGAUUUGAGGAUUUUCCGCACAACAGCUUUGAGCAGUUCUGUAUUAAUUAUGCCAAUGAGCAGCUACAAUAUUACUUCAACCAACACAUCUUCAAACUGGAGCAGGAGGAGUAUCAGAGUGAGGGCAUCACCUGGCACAACAUUGAUUAUAUCGACAACGUUGGCUGCAUCCACCUGAUCAGCAAAAAACCCACUGGGCUCUUCCACCUCCUCGACGAGGAGAGCAAUUUCCCUCAUGCCACCAAUCAGACGCUUCUGGCCAAGUUCAAACAGCAACAUGAGGGCAGCCGGUUUUUUGUGGGGACCCCAGUGAUGGAGCCGGCCUUCAUCAUCCAACACUUUGCUGGCCGAGUCAAAUAUCAGAUCAAGGAUUUUCGGGAAAAAAACACGGAUUACAUGCGCCCGGAUAUUGUGGCCCUCCUGCGGAGCAGUGACAGUGCGUUUAUCCGGGAGUUGAUUGGGAUGGAUCCUGUAUCUGUAUUCCGCUGGUCAACCCUUCGAGCUGCGAUCCGAGCUGUGGCUGCAUUCAAAAAAGCUGGACAGCAAUGGGCAAGGAGAGCUGCUGCAGGAAUGCCCCGGCGUGUUUCUCGUGUCCCUCUUGGAGAAUUACAGCGAUUGAGCACCUCAUCAGAGAAGCCAUUGCGUGAGUUGCAUACCCAGCUGAUGAGGAGUAUUCGAGGAUGGGCUGUAAUGCACGGUGACGAACCCCACAGCCUCCUCAAAUCAUUGCGAGGUCCCGGGAGGCCCCACAGCCACCUCCAGAAAAAUAAAGGCUUGAAACAAAAGCUGCAGAUUCCCAAGAAUCUCAUCGACACAUGUUCCUUAAAGCACAUUGUCCGAAUGACCCUCCACGAUCGCACCACCAAGUCCCUGCUACAUCUGCACAAGAAGAAGAAACCACCCAGUAUCAGCGCACAGUUCCAGGCCUCUCUGAAUAAACUGAUGGAGACUCUGAGCAAAGCUGAACCGUUCUUCAUCCGAUGUAUCCGUUCAAAUGCUCAGAAGAUGGAGCUGUGUUUUGAUGAUGAUUUGGUUCUGCAGCAGCUGAAGUACACGGGUAUGCUGGAAACAGUGCGUAUCCGCCGCUCUGGGUACAGCGCCAAGUACACCUUCCAGGAAUUCCUGGAUCAGUUCCGAGUACUGCUACCUAAGAAUGCUGAACCAGUGCAGGAAGUGAUUGAUGCCUUGUUUAACAAGUUGGAGUUAGACAGGAACAACUGUCAGAUUGGAAAAACCAAGGUUUUUAUGAAGGAAACCGAGCGCCAAAAACUUCAGGAUAUUUUGCACAAGGAAGUGAUCCGGAAAAUCCUGCUCCUGCAGACGUGGUUCCGGGCCGUUCUGGAUAGAAGAAGAUUCCUGAAGAGCAGGCAAGCUGCAACCACUAUCCAGGUGCAUUUCCGUUCCUACCUCCUGCGGUCAGCUUUGCGAAGAUGCCGAGCAGCCAGUGUGAUCCAGGCAGCGUGGAGGCGAUAUGUGCAGCGACGUGAUUUGAAGCAGCAGCUCCAUGCAAUGGCACUGUGCCAGGCCUCAAGCCCUGGAGAUCUGGCCAUGGAAAGAGUCUGCUCAGUGCAGCAGCGAGAGCAGGAAGGGCCUGAACCUGCAGACGGGGCUGCGCGGGCCCAAGAGGAGCCGGACCUCGUCCAGUCACCGGACACGGCUGACCACGGCACUAAAGUGGUGGAGCCAGCCCAGGAGCAGCCAGGUUGGACAGAGGGUGCUGGCCUGGGCGAGGUACCUGAGAACAGUACCACCCCCUUAGCUCAGAAAGCCCCAGCAGAGGGCACAGAGAGGUCAAACUCCUACCGGGAGAAGCGAGAGAAUCGGAGGAUGCGGGGACUAGAACAUGACAAAUUGCAAAGAGGGUUGGUAUCACCAACUCCUCGGGAUGGCCCUCCAUCACCUACAGACAGUGACUGGUCAGUUAGAACACUCGAGACUGGGGAAAAGGUGGCACAGAAUGCCAUUGCCCUGGUUAAGGGAGAAGUCAAUGUUCAGCCAGAUAACGGACAACCUUUGGGACAGGAACAGCCAGAGGAAGCCAGCUCCCCUGGCACCGGAAUAACUUUGGAGCACAGGGUGGAAGGAGAUAGGGUCCUACCUCUGCACUCGGGCCCUAGUCCUGACCCACAGGGAAUGGAUAGCAACGGAGAGGCCCCAGCUCAGCCUCAGAGGCCAAAGAGUCUACAGUUGGUCACUGUCAACUCCCCGGUGCCAAAGGACAGUGUGACAGAAAGAUCCCACUCCCCAGCCACUGGUACUGAGGCUAAUAGUAACCAAAUCGCUUGGGAAGUUCUGGAAAGUCCAAGCUCCUCACCGGGAACUCUCCUGCGCUACAACGACCGCGAAAAGCUGAGGAACAAGGCUGAGAAGUGGAAAGAUAAACGGUACCAUGAGGCCAUGACCCCUUCUUCAGAGAAGGAAGGAAGUCCCCAUCCCAACACAAUCAGAAACAGGGACAAGGAAACCCCGUCACAGGAAGGCGGGGUGCAGCUGGACUUGAUAUCGUCCCCAGAAACUGCAGCUGAGACCCCAUUGAGAGAGACUCCAACAAACGAACUGCAAGAGGGUGACAGGACACCAACCAAACAAGUGGUGCAGAAGAAAACGUCUCUGGAACCGGAUCCCACGCAGACUCUCGAAUCUCCCAAGUCUUUAUACCGUGGCCCAUUGCGGAGGUUUCUCGGGAAGAGACAAGCUGAAAAAAAGCCUUCAAAGGAGCUGUCACAGGUGCUGGAUGAGGUCUCUCCAAACCUGCUUCCCGACACAAUGAAGGGCUUUGGAGACAAAGUGGAGCUGGGUAAAUCUGCCACUUUCCCCAUGGCGCAGACCCCCCAGUACCUGUACCCUGACACAGGCAAGGAACACACCAGCAAGGGGAAGAGAAGUCGCAGCAUCAAAAUCAGCAACGCCACCAGUGCCUCGGAACAGUGGGGGGCUCACCUGGGCCAAAAAAUCACUAACGCCAACGAACUGAAGAAUCUGGAUGAGUUCCUCCUGAACAAGGUGAAUGACCUCAGUUCCCAAGCUUUGCAGGAAUCGAAAAUUGAAACUUUAUUCAUCACCGUCACCGAGAAAUUCCGACUGAACCUGAAAAGCAUGUACCCCGUCCAUAAUGGUCAGACCCAUGUGAGCUACAAGGACCUGAUGAGGAAUUAUCAACUUCUUCUGACCAAGAUGGUGGGUGAGAGACAGAAAGCUGAGGUGCAGUUUGUCCUCAACCUCUUCCAGUCCCUGCUUGAUGAGUUUGCUCGAGGUUACUCCAAGAAAGAGGAGAUGGAGGCAAUGAAGCCAACAAAAGCCCGGAAGAAGAGGCGGAAACGCAAUCAAAUUAAGGAGGAGCACUUUGGGCAUUUAUUCCGGAGUUACCAAGUGAAUAUCCGGCAGUCGUGUGAGCAGUGUUCCUCCUACAUCUGGCCCAUGGAGAAGGUUCUGCUCUGUUGCACUUGCAAAAUGACUUGUCACAAGAAGUGCCUCCUGAAGAUUCAGACCCCCUGCCAAUCAAGCUGCAACCAAAAGAGUGACCCUGACGCAGCCUCUCGGCAUUUUGGUGUUGAGGUCUGCAGACUGACCGACGAGAACCAGACGGUGCCUGUGGUCAUGGAAGUGUUGGUGGAAUACGUAGAAAUGAAUGGACUGUACACUGAGGGAAUUUACCGGAAAUCUGGUGCAGCAAACAAGAUGAAGGAAUUACGGCAGAGACUGGAACAAGACCCGACAUCGGUGGGUUUGGAGAAAUACCAUAUUCAUGCUGUUACCGGGGUGCUUAAACAAUGGCUUCGUGAACUUCCAAUCCCCCUGAUGACCUUUGCUCUUUAUGGUGACUUCCUGCGUGCUAUCGAGCACCCUGGAAGACAAGAGCAGAUCCAAGCAGUUUACAGUGUCCUCAGUCAACUGCCCAGUCACAUUUACUGCACACUCGAACGACUCAUCUUCCACCUGGUCAAAGUGGCUGUACUAGAGGAGAUGAAUCGUAUGUCUCCCAAUGCACUGGCGAUCGUCUUUGCCCCAUGCAUUCUUCGUUCACCAGACAGCGCUGAUCCACUGACCAGCAUGAAAGACGUCUCUAAAACAACCAUGUGUGUUGAGCUCCUGAUUACUGAGCAGAUGCGGAAGUACAAAAUCAAAAUGGAUGGGAUUGCUCAACUGGAGACGGAGGAGCAACUUGCAGUCCGACGCCUCUCACUCCUGCGUCUCUGGCCUCUUGAAGUUGGGUUCUCUGCUCCGUUCGAUGGGGUGCUGAGCAAAGGACCUCGGAGUCCAAAAUCCACUGAGGAGAAUCCCACAAAGUUGGGAAGCUUGGAUGAAGAAGAGCCUUCAGACACUGACAUGGAACACGAAGAGGAAAUCCUGAUGGAGCGAAUCCAGUCGAUAAAGGAGGAGAGGGAUCAGCUGACACUUGAGCUCCCAGAGUUGGAACAGAGAGGUUCUGAUGAGGAAAACUUGGACUCGGAGGCUUCCCUCAGUAUGGAGAGUCUGCUCGACGAUCGGCCGGGGCAAGGGGAGGCCGGAGAUGCGGCUGUGUUCCAGUUCACAGGAAGACUCCGAGCCCUGCCUCAGUCUGUGCCCAUGCUACAGCCAGUACCUGCCAAGCAUGACCAUGGUGCUCCCCUGGGUAACUGUGCCUCUCUGCCAGCCCAUCCCUCUGUUGCCCAGCGACAUGCAUUUUCCAUGCUUGCCAGCAUCAAGUUGCCUCGGCGUAAUGCUGCAUUGCCCACACGUAACAUCAAGCUGCCCCCGGGUAUGGUCAGCACAGUGCACCAUGUCCCUGUGGACGCCAGGCAGCAACAGCAGGUUGUCAGUGUACGGCUGCGCGAGCAGCCCUCCAGGCGAUCGGACAACAUUCACUCUGUCUACGUCGUCACGCAAGAGGGCCUCUCGCUCCAGACUUUGGCUCAGACUGAUGACAUCAACCCCACUCCAGCAAAGGUUCAACGCAGGUUUUCUGAUCCGCUGUCAGACCUUGCUCAUGGGGCCAAUGCCUCUGGCCUGUAACAUUCCCACUAACUCCAGGAGGCAGCAGUGGACAUUUCCUGGGUUUAUAAGCAUAUCUCCCACUUGACCUGCCACUCAGUGCCCUGGUGAAGAGCCGAGAGUGAGCGAUUAGCGAGAAUGAGUGACUGAGAGUGUGUCUACCCAGGCUAAGCGUUAGCUUGAGUCAAUGUUGCGUACGAUUUACUUGAUUUACUUUACUGUAAAGUCGUCAGCUGAAUGGGGAACUAUCCGACAUUUAUGACUCUGGGAGGAGGGGGGAGUCUGAGCUCCUGCCCUGUCCCUGUGUAACCAUUUCUCCAAUGAUUAAAUACAAUUUUUAUAUAUAAAAAAAAA